AUGGAUGGCAUGGUCAGUGCUGGUAUUGCAGCGGCCAAUGGGGGCACACGUGCCUCUCACAUUAAUAUCGAGAUCCCAUCAAAGGAGGCCGAGGAGAGACCGCUCAUUGCGGACAUACCGCCAUCCUUGGAUACACACUUUGUUCCCAUUGACGAGCAUUUGAUCGAAAUCGAGGAGGUUUGCGCCAGGUAUGGCACCUCUUUUUCGCCCACCGCCUUGGCAAUGCAGAAUGUCGGGCUGACCACUGAGCAGGUGGACGAGUACCGGCGAAUGAAUGGCGCGCUUAACCAGCUUUCGCCUCCUCGCCGCAUAUCUGCGAUUCGGCGGUUCAUGACGUGCUUGUUGAGCAUUUUCAACAUCUUGCUAAUGCUUGCAGGUGUGUUCUUUUUUCUUGCUUGA